UAAAAACUCAAAACGAAUAAUGAAUGAGGUUGGAAUGAUUUAAAAAUGAAAGCCAUUCUACUUUAUUUUUUGACUUCAACUUUUUCCCUCCUGCUGGUCUGCACUAGAUGUGAAGAUGAUUAUGAUGAUAAUAGUAGAAGUUUUGAAAUCGAUGUGGAUGACGGUAUCUUCCUAAUGGAUCGCCAACCAUUUCAGUUUGUCUCUGGAAGCCUAUAUUAUCAUCGUGUACCGUAUAUUUAUUGGUCAGAGAAGGUGACAGAAAUGCUGAAUUUAGGUAUCAAUGUUGUUUACAGGUAAAAAUGUGAAUUUUAAAGAAAGAAAUAAUAUAACUGACAAAAAAAAUAAAGUCCUAUCCCAUGGAAUUAUCAUUGUCAAGAUUUUGACAACUGUUCUUUUGAAGGCAAUAGAGAUAUUGAACAAUUUUUAACAAUAUUAUCAGAAAUGAAUAUGUUGGUUGUAUUAAAGAUUGGUCCAUAUACGGAGGAUAAAAUACAGUUAGGAGGACUUCCGCCAUGGCUGUUUUAUCUAAAUGAAAGUAUGACUUUGCGUUCAUCUGAUGAAGGAUUUACCAAUGAAGUCGCUCGAUGGUACGAUACACUAUUGCCUAAAUUAAAGCCGUUUCUUUAUGAAAAUAAUGGACCAAUAAUAAUGAUACAGAUAGAAGAGAACUACGGUGCAUAUGAGGAAUACGAUCUACAGUAUUUGUUGUUCUUAAGAGAUCAAGUUCGACAGCAUUUAGGCGAGUCUGUAAUUAUAUCAACAUCAGAUGACUAUUGGUCUGUACUUGAGAAACAAGACAAUUUACCGUAUGAUGGAAUACUUAUGACAUACUUUGCAGAUUGGAAACUCUCAUCAGGACCAAUAUUUUCUAAGGAGGCUUUCGAUUCACUAGACCUAUUACAGCCAAACAAACCUUGGAUUGUAUCUUUGCAAAUUGUAUGUGACUAUAAAGAGAAUCAUUUCUGUAAAACGGAUCUGGCAAAAAAUAAAGUAAUUGAAUCACUGGUACAGUUAUAUGAUUGGUCAUCACGCGUGAAUAUAAACGUGUGUUUAAUUUUUACUGGUAUCACUUAUGAAUUUUGGAAUGAUACAACAAACUAUGUCAGUAAUCCACUUGAUAAUCCGUCAGUGUCUGAAACAUUAACUGGAUUUUUAUCUGAAAUUUCACAUUUACAAGAGGAGCAUGAGAAAUAUGAGAAAAGUGAUAAUUUAUCUUGUGAAAAAGUGAAACUGCUAAAGUUAGAUCAUUUACUCUUUUCAAAUUCUGAACCUGUUGCAUCAGAAACCCCUGUGCCAAUGGAGUAUUUUGGUCAAUAUCAAGGGUUUUCUGUAUACUCCACAGAUAGUGAAGAUUUUAUAAGUAGUCAAGUUGGUGAGCUGAAAUUCGACGAUAUUGGAGGAGAAGGCUUUGUAUACACAUGGAGUGAAGCAGACGGCUAUAUUUAUCAUGGAACUAUACAUAAAUAUACAAAGUCAGCAUUGAUUAACAUGAAAACACAUUCACCAGCAGAAGUUUUAUUAAUUUUAGUAGAAAAUACUGGAUACAAUACAAUAUUUGAUGGGAAACACAACCAGCUGAAAGGUCUUUCAGGUUCUGUUUACUUUAAUGAUAAAGAAUUAAUAAAUUGGUCGUUUUUGCCUGUAAAACAUCCAUUUAUUGAUAUGCAAAAUAUGAGUCAACCACUGACAGAAACAGAUAUGGAUAUUCCUGGUGUCAUUUACACAACAUUUAUUUACAUUGAAAACGAAGAAAAACUGAAUGAUUUAUUCAUUGAAUAUGAUGGUUUCUUUGAUGGGAUUAUUUACGUGAAUGAUAAUUAUGUGGAUUUAAUAAGGCCAACAUUAACGCCUGAAAUAAAUUAUGCUGCGUAUAUUCCAAAAACUUAUUUACAAGUAGGUAAUAAUACUAUUUCACUUGCUACAGUUGAGAAUUUGCAUAAUGAACAAUUGAUGGUAUGUAGAAAAAAUUGAAUGGAGAAAAUUGAGUUUUUCAUUUUAACAAAUAAAUUUAUUUUUAAUGAAA